AUGUCGGCAUUUUAUCUUGUUGCUCUAGAUAUACAUGCACAAUUUCUGGAACCGCUGAAUUACACAGUAGAUGAUUUUGACAUCGUCACCAAGGAUGGUUACAUACUGCAACUCUACCAUGUCAGGAAUGAAAGUCGAGCUCAAGGAGGUCCUGUAGUUUACCUGCAGCACGGAUUGCUCAGUUCUUGUGCGGAUUUUUGCGUAACCGGUCAGAAGUCUCUUGUUGCAAUACUGAUGGAGUCCAAUUAUGAUGUGUGGAUGGGCAAUAAUCGCGGAAGUUUCUAUUCCACCAGGCACACUAACCUUUCAGUAACUGACCGCUCCUAUUGGAAGUUCAGUUGGCAUGAAAUUGGAAUUUACGACAUCCCAGCCUUUAUCAACUUCAUACUUGACUACACGAAGCAGCCGAGUCUUCACUACAUAGGUCAUUCGCAAGGUUCCACCGUCUUCUUCGUGAUGAUGAGUUCAUUUCCAGAGUUCAAUGACAAGGUGAGGUCUAUGCAGGCGCUGGCUCCGGCGGUGUUUAUGUCGCAUGUGAAAAACCCGUUGGUGCGCUCACUAGCGAAGUUCGUUAACGUGAUGACGUUUACUUGGCGAACAUUGCAACUGGAUGAAGUGAUUGCCGGAGAUAAUCUUUUCAAUAGAAUCGUCAAGGUCAUAUGCCAGAGUAAUGAUUUCUCCAAAGACAUCUGCUCAAAUAUUCUAUGCGCCUUGGGAGGAUGCAAUAUUGAGACGAUCAGUGAACCCGUAGUUCCUCUAGUUCUCAAGCUGAGUCCAGCACCGGCAUCAGUCUAUCAAGUUUUUCAUUUUGCGCAGGAAAUUAAUUCCGGGAGAUUCUGUGAGUAUGACUUUGGACCAAAGAAAAAUCUCCAAAGGUACGCGUCGAUCAAGCCUCCGAGCUACAAUCUAGACAACGUGAAAAUCCCUGUAACACUUUAUACAGGAGUAAGUGAUUUAUUUGUGAAUAUACGAGAUGUAGAGAAGCUAGGCUCGUAUUUGGCCAAGUUGGAAGAUAUUAUCGAAGUGCCUGAUAAGAAAUUCGGACAUAUGGACUUUUGCUGGGGAGAAGAAGCUAGGGACUUAGUUUACGCAUCUAUUUUGCAGGUCAUUGAAAAGCACUCUGCAAAUCAAAGUGAAAAAAAGAACAUAUCCUCGAAGGCAGUGGAAUAUGCUGAGGCAUAA